AUGGGUAUUCGUUUGCUAAAUAUGAUUUCCAGUGUCAAGCAAUUCCACAAACUGCACUCUAUUCUAACUAGGAAUCAUUCAGAUGUUCCAAAAGGACAUUUUGCAGUUUACGUAGGAGAGACAGAGAAGAAACGGUACGUCGUUCCCAUUGCAUACUUGAAUCAAGCUUCGUUCCAGGAAUUGCUUUUGAAAGCAGAGGAAGAGUUUGGGUUUCAACAUCCUAUGGGUGGUCUCACUUUACCAUGCAAUGAGAAUGCAUUUUUUCAUGUCACUUCUCAAUUGAACAGUUUAUGAUCAUAUGAAAUGAAGCAGCAUUCUAUAGACUCACU